UUUUGCUGGAGAACAGUUUCUCUUCAUUUACUUCAAUGCAUAGCAAUUUAGAAAUUAAAAACUGUUUCUGUUCCGUCAACACGAUUAGUUGAGAUGUAAAAUAACAAUCAAUCUGGAUAAUCAGUCGUUUUGGUGGUGAAAUUCAGCUUUUAUGGUGACCGUGCAUUUUCAAUAACAUUAUCAGGACUAUGGUUUAAAUCAUGACUCAUGUGAAUCUAUAUCUUUCUUUUCAUCAGAUUGUCAUCAAUUUUUUAUUGCAAACCUUUCAAAGUGGCAAAGUAAACAACAUUUUGUUUGCUUAGAUGGUGUUAAAAACAAAUCAAGUUUAGAGCAUGGUUCAUCCUUUGGUAUAAUAAAAGUUGUUGGUUGCUAUCACUGUAAUCUAUCGCCACACCGCCGGUUAGGUAGUCAUAACUUACCAAGUUGACUAUAAAAGUUUCCAAAUACCUUGAAAAGUUAAAUGAAUUUACCAUUCUACCCUGAUCAUUGCAAGUAUCAAAAUGAAUAACAAAAAGAUUUUGAUUAUUGUGGGAACCAUCGUUUGUGCAACCAUACUUGUCAUUGUUGCAUCCAUCAUCAUAACCCAAUCUUCUGGUGACGACCAAAAUGACCAACCCAGAUUAAUUGUCAUCUCAUUUGAUGGUUUUCGAGCUGAUUACGUGUCACCCACACUGACACCAACUCUGUGGUCACUCAAGCAGACUGGAGCAACUGGUAAAAUGUUUCCUGUGUUUGUCAGUAAAACUUUUCCCAAUCAUUUCUCAAUCGCUACCGGACUUUAUGAGGAAGCUCAUGGAAUCGUUGCAAAUAAUAUGUACGAUCCUGAAUUUAAAGCAGUCUUUGACAUGUCCCAUAGCACUCAAAUGUGGUGGGAUAAUGGUUAUUCCCUUCCAAUAUGGAUUGCUAACCAACAAGUCGAUGGCCGAAAGAGUGGUGGCAUAAUGUGGCCAGGAACAGGAUUUACCUUUGGUGGAGAUAAAGCCUACUACUCAAUUGAUUUUAACCGUACAAUUAAUAUGCAACAACGAAUUGAUCUUCUGAUGAAAUGGUUUACAGACACUGAAAAUCCUGCCAAUCUUGUUAUGUUGUACAUUGAGAAUCCUGAUGAAACAGCUCACAAUCAUGGACCUUUCGGUAAAGAAACCCUUGAGCAGGUUAUGAUGGCAGACAGGACUGUUGCUUAUUUGCUGGAAAACUUGUCCCAACACAAUUUAACUGAAUCAACCAAUAUUAUUUUGGUUAGUGACCAUGGAAUGCAAGAGUUUGAUGCAAAAACUGGCAUAAAUUUAACGGCAAUAGUUCCUGAUUUAACUAGCUUCAGACAAUUUGGAGGAUCUCAAGCAAUUGGUAUUCUGCCUAACGAGGGAAAGGAAGAGGAAGUUUAUCAAAUGUUUGUAUCGCUGGCAGAAACAAAUCAUUUUAGAGUUUACAAAAAGGAUGAAAUUCCUGAGGAAUAUCAUUACAGGUACAAUCGUCGUAUUAUGCCAAUCUUAUUGGAGGCCGAUCCUGGAUAUGAAAUUGCUUUCACAACUUGGUCUCAUCAAGAUGAAAAAUGGGGUAAUCAUGGUAAUAAUAAUACACAACCCGAGAUGGAAGCGCUUUUCAUUGCCACUGGACCAGCUUUCAAGAAUAGUUUCAAUCUUAACCAAUCAUCUUUCUUCAACAUUGACCUUUACCCGAUCAUGGUAAAAAUUUUAGAUCUUGACAUUGGCAGCUAUAACUACAAUGGAACUGACAAAAUAACAAAGAACCUACUCGAUGAACUUUAGCCUGAAUAUCAUCAUUGUUAUCCUUUUUAACCAGCUAUUUAUUGGCAACUCCAAAGGCUCACAUUUAAACAAAGAUAUCAUAAUUUGUUAUAAACAAUCGUUCAGCCAACUUUUGUCCAUCAAAACAUCAAGUUUCUAACCUGUGGGGAAAAAGUUUGGGAAUUUUUGGUUUUUUUCUUAUAACUCGUAAGAUAAUGAUUGAAUUUUUCUGAAAAUUCAACAUGCUAUAGUUGGAUAGUGCAGCCGUAUCACCUGCGAAAACCAGAAUGAAAAAAACAAAGGUCACUUCGCAAUCACCGGUCAAACUCGGAGGA